AUGCAGAAUAAUCGUCAACUAAGCGAUCCGGUGACAUUGCCAUCCGGUCUUGUGUUCAAGAACAGGCUACUCAAGGCAGCGAUGGCAGAAACCAUGUCAAAGUCUCAUGACCCAACAGAGACCCUUAUGUCGGCCUACAAAGCAUGGGGAAAGGGAGGAUGGGGCGGAAUCAUAACGGGCAACGUGAUGAUCGAUGAGCGUUGGCUCGGAAACGCUCUCGAUGUCUCUCUCACACCUAGCACUAACCCCGAACUCAUUGCUCAAUGGCGCAGAUAUGCAGAAGCGUGCCGUAUCGAAGGCACCCCAGCUAUCGUCCAGCUUAACCAUCCCGGCCGCCAAAGUCCCCUUGGAGCAGGUUCAAAGGGGCUAUUCGAGAAGAACAUCGCACCAAGCCCCAUCGCACUACAGUUCGAAGACAACAUUUGGGCAAAGACGGCGCAAAAACUCAUCUUCGGCACCCCGCGAGAGAUGACAGUCGCGGAAAUCGAAGACGUGGUGAAAAGACAUGCCGACGCAGCCAAGUUCCUCAGUGAAGCAGGUUUCGACGGCGUAGAGCUGCACGCCGCACACGGAUACCUACUCAACAUCUUCAUGUCCCCGAAGACCAACCAGAGACAGGACAACUACGGCGGCUCAGCGUUCAACCGCGCCCGCAUCGUUCUCGACAUCAUCAAUGCUAUCCGCGCUGUCGUCCCGUCUACUUUUACAGUCGGCAUCAAGCUCAACUCCGCUGACGUCCAACACUCCAGCGAUAUGGAAGACGUUAUGCAACAGAUCGGUUUCCUCAAGAAUACCGGUAUCGACUUCCUCGAGAUCAGCGGUGGAUCGUACGAGAACCCUAGGAUGAUGAAGGGCGACGAGCCACAGCCUGGCGAGAAGCCGGUGUCUGAGCGUACCGCGAAGCGCGAGGCUUUCUUCCUGGAUUUCGCGAGGGUGGUUAGGCAGAAGUUCCCAGAGGUGGUCUUGAUGGUUACGGGCGGUUUCCGCAGCUUGACGGGUAUGCGUGCCGCGCUCGAGGAGAAUGCUUGUGAUUUGAUUGGUUUGGCGCGACCAGCUGCUGUGGACUCGAGUUUUGCGAAGAAAAUCUUGGAGGCAGAGGCUGCGGGUGGUGAUGUCAGUCUGAGGUUGGAUGCUGUGAAGCCGAGCUGGUUGGUCAGCAAGAUUCCGGUCAAGGCUCUAGGUGCUGGUGCGGAGAGUGCUUUCUACGGCGCUCAGAUUGAGCGAAUCGGUAAGGGGCUACCAACAAAGACACCUCCUACCACAGCAUGA